ACUCAAUCUCAAUCUCAUAUUCAAUCUCAAUCUCAUUCUCAAUCUCAUACUCAAUCUCAAUCACAAUCUCAUACUCAAUCUCAUACUCAAUCUCAUACUCAAUCUCAUACUCAAUCUCAUACUCAAUCUCAUACUCAAUCUCAUACUCAUACUCAAUCUCAUACCCAAUCUCAAUCUCAUACCCAAUCUCAAUCUCAUACUCAAUCUCAAUCUCAUUCUCGAUCUCAUACUCAAUCUCAUACUCAAUCUCAAUCUCAUACUCAAUCUGAAUCUCAUUCUCAAUCUCAAUCUCAAUCUCAUACUCAAUCUCAUACUCAAUCUCAAUCUCAUACUCAAUCUGAAUCUCAUUCUCAAUCCCAUACUCAAUCUCAAUCACAAUCUCAUACUCAAUCUCAUACUCAAUCUCAUACUCAAUCUCAUACUCAAUCUCAUACUCAAUCUUAUACUCAAUCUCAUACUCAAUCUCAUACUCAAUCUCACACUCAAUCUCAUACUCAAUCUCAUACUCAAUCUCAUACUCAAUCUCAAUCUCAAUCUCAUACUCAAUCUCAAUCUCAAUCUCAAUCUCAAUCUCAAUCUCAAUCGCAAUCUCAAUCUCAAUCUCAAUCUCAAUCGCAAUCUCAUACUCAAUCUCAAUCUCAUACUCAAUCUCAUACUCAAUCUCAAUCUCAAUCUCAUACUCAAUCUGAAUCUCAAUCUCAUACUUAA